AUGGUUAAGGCUAAGAAGUCCGGCGAGACCAUCUCGUCCCGUCUCGCUCUGGUCAUGAAGUCCGGCAAGGUCCGUCAUGAAGACCCUCCGCUCCGGCAAGGCCAAGCUCAUCCUCAUUGCCGGCAACUGCCCUCCCUGCGCAAGUCCGAGCUCGAGUACUACGCCAUGCUCGCCAAGGUCCCCGUCCACCACUUCAACGGCAACAACAUUGAGCUCGGUACCGCUUGCGGUAAGCUCUUCCGCUGCUCCACCAUGGCCGUCCUGGAUGCCGGUGACUCCGACAUCCUGACCCGUGAGCAGUAA